AUUUUUGUUGUUUCUAAGUUUCUAAGCUUUAUUUAUUCACUCCGACACACUUACGUGUGUAACAAGAGGUCACAUACAUAUAGAUCCGCCGAACUUCCUGACUGAAUUUAAGAACCCAUGUUGGUAUGAGAAGAUAAAUCUUACAGAUGUUCAACAGGAAAAAAUACAAAACACCUGUUUUAAUAAUCUUGGUAAAAACAAUCAAAUAUGCAAAAUCAUUUCCAAGCAAAGGCUUCGCUGUCUGCCAUACUUCAUGUUGAUUGGUACGCCUAAAUCUGGGAGUACUGAUCUAUAUAAACGGAUCAUAGAUCACCCGGAUGUGCUUAGCUGUGCAGCGAAAGAACCUCAUUGGUGGGCAAGGCAACAACACAGCAAAAAAACGUUUACGAAGUAUAUAGAUCGUUUUUCUAAGUGUGCUGGCACUCUGCAGUUUUCUAGAGAUGACAAGAAAUCCACCCUCAUAACAGGUGAGGGAAGCCAGUCGACCUUUUGGGAUAACGCCUGGUGGUGGCGCUACCCCGAAAACCGUAACGACGAGGAGCCGGGAAUAGUAACAGCCAAUUUCCUACGCCACAUCCUGCCAGAAGUGAAGUUGUUGGUUAUUCUUCGAAACCCAGUCGAUCGGUUGUACUCGGGAUAUCUAUUCUUCAAAAAACAUACGCAUGUAUCUGCUGAAGAUUUCCACAGAAGAGCAACAAACGAAGUGACGAAAUUCAACAAGUGUCUGACAGAGCAUAGCCUUCGGCACUGUGCCUACGCGCCGACUGACCAUGAGGUCCGACUACAUGUAGGUUUAUACGCUUUGUAUCUGAAGGAAUGGAUCAACAUUUUCCCUCGAGAUCAAAUUCUUGUUCUCCAGUUAGAAGAUUAUUCAGCGCACUCACAAAGGGCUAUGUCGACAGUUUAUAAAUUUCUAAAAUUACGUGAUCUCUCAGAUGAAUAUGGAAUUAAAAGUGGACGUGCUAACACGAGAAAAAAGAAAACUCAACAUGUCGGACAAAUAGUGAACAAAACAGGAGAACUACUGGACACGUUUUAUAGUCCGUUCAAUAAGGCACUAGCUGAGCUGAUGAAUGAGCCACGCUUUCUGUGGCAAUCGUUAACGUAA